AUGAAGGCAUCUGCAGCACGUUUUCGAGGUGUUGGAAGGGGAAGGGCCACAGGUACUCUUGAUGAACAGCAGCUGCAACGGCUGCUAGAACAGCAACCACAGCAACGGCUACAGCUGGAACAGCAGCAUGCGGAACAGCAACAGCUGUUUGGGGAACACCUGCAACAGCGUCAGGUACGACGGUUGUAUUUGCAACGGCAACAGGUGCAACGCGAGCUCCAACUCCAGGAAGUGCAGCGCCAGCAAGUGCAGCGCCAGCACGUGCAACGCCAGCAGGUGCAACGCCAGCAUGCACAGCUCCAGCAACGGCAACUCCAGCAACUGCAGCAGCUGUUGCGGCAGUGGGAGCAGCAGGAACAGCGGGAGCAAUUGUUGUUGCAACAGCAGCGUAUGCAACGGCCGCCUCGGCAAUUGCUGGUUCAGCAUAGCCCCAGGUGGAGGGGGCAUUCUAGGGAACAGUCGCCUCCGCAGCGGCAGCAGGAAGGUGUGGCAGCUUCGGACGAGACGUGGUAUUUCUCAGGAGAAGGGCGUGGGGCUCUUUGCUUGGGUCUUUCGUCAGCAGCAGCAGCAGCAUCUCCGAGUCGUUUGCUUGGCCGUUGGCGCUUCAGUUUUUUGGCUGUGAAUGAAGCGCCCUGCGACGCCGAGGGCGAGCAAGGGGAAGAAGGGGAAGGAGUGAAGCAAGAGGAAGACCAAGUUGAGGACGACAACGUGGUGGACGGAGAGGCGGAGGAGUGGGAGCAUGGAAAAGAGGAGGGCAAUGACGUGGAUUGCGAGUAUAGAGGAGGGCCAGGAGGAGCCGGCAGUGGUGCUGAGACCGAAUUUAGGGGGGAUGCAGCAGCAGCAGCAGCACGCACGGAAGCAGCACCCACUGAACAAGCAGCCACAGGUGCAACGGUGAACGGCGCUGAGACAACACUCACGUACACGGGGACGAUUACAGGUUUAGCACCAGCCGCAGGGACAGCAGCAAUCACUGCUGUAGUGACGAACGCAACCGCAGGAACAUUUGCACCUUCGUCGAUGUCCCAGAGUCCAGCAGCCGAUAUGAUAGGGUCCGCGCCCCCGGAGACGACGCCGACUGAAUUGGUUUGCGGCUGUGUUGCCGGCAGCAGCCGAGACGGGAGCAGCACCAGCACUGAGAGGUGUACAGACCGUUGGCUUGCUCUCAGGUCGCCUAUUCAGCAGCAGGAGCUUGAAAACUGCAGCAGCGCAGCCAGCACGGCAGGAGACAGCUCCCCCCCACGCAGUAAACGUUUCUGUGCUUUUGGACCCCAGCAAUCAGCCUUCGAGGGCGGACAGGAGGCGAAUGAUGGCCUUAGCCUAAUUAACGGCAUUACAGGGAGCGGGAGCCCGUGGUACGGACGCAUGGGGCUCAGGCCACGACGGAACAGAUACGGCUGUCCUAGCUGCAACAACAGCAGCAGCAGCAGCAGCAGUAGGAGUGAUAGUGAAAGCGGCGACGAUGGCAAUCGCAUGCCACUGGAAGGGCGGAACUUCCCGCUUAGCCCAGCCCUAGAUAGCGACAGCGAUGUGCACAGCAACGACAGCGGAAGCCUCAGUGACUGUGACAGCUGCAGGAGUCAUGGCAGCAGUGUCAGGGAGGUGAUUGAGCUUGACAGUGAUGACGACGACGAGAGCAGCUUCGUUCGGAGGUGCGUUGCUCCAGCAGUUGCAGUUGGGGAGGCAGCACCAACCGGCAUGGGGGAGUACACAUCUGCAGUGAGUACCAGUCAUUGGGACAACGGUAGCAUCACUAGCAGCAGGAGAGCCGGCAGCAGGCACAGCAGCACAGGCAGCAGCACAGGCAGCAGCACAGGCAGCAGCACAGGCAGCAGCACAGGCAGCAGCACAGGCAACAACUGGAACAACAGCAAUAGCAAUGGCUGCAACGGCAAUGGCUGCGACGUCUACGGCUGCAGCGGCCACGGGUCGCGUCCUUGUGACUGUUCCAUUCGAGGAAAUCCUCCGCAGAGAGAGGACCCUCGUGCGUUGCUGUUUCCGCUCCGCGAGACGUCAUGUGACGCUGGAAUGAGUUACACAUUGUCGGCCGCUCAUUCCGAUUUAGGAACGGAUGGUGGUUUGCCGACGGAAACAGCAGACCCUGCUGCAGGAAUGGUGAAUAUUGGCAGCUGUCCUGGCGAUGUCGGUAUGGAACUCUGCGCAUCAAGCCUUCCGCCGUUUUGGGGAGUCAGUGAGAAUCGUAACGGUCAGCAACAGCUUCGGUGCCCAGCGCAGCCUCAGGUGCAACAGGGAAACAAUCAACAUUCUCCACAGCAACAGCACCUUUGGCGACAGGGGUGGGGCGUUUUGCGGAGCGGAGUAGUGACUUACUGGGGAGAACAGGAUGGAGAUGGAUUUGAAGUGGCUGGAAGCAGCUUGCUGCGCAGACCGCUUCCGGCCACGUCAUCUGUCUCCGCUGCUAGAGACACGCCGCCAACCCAUACAAUGACAUAUGUUGGCACUGUACCCCGAGGUAGCACAGCAGUAACGGAAAUACUUGCUGCCUCUGGAGGGCAGGUGGGAGCACAUGGGACAAUUGCGGUUUCUCGAGGUAGUGCGGCAUCACAUGCGGUGCGAGCUGCUAAUGGCUUAGCGGCAAUGGGGACGCGCCUUACUCCUCUGGAUAGGUCAGCAGCAACUGCGGUAUGUCCCGUUGGGACAUCGCUGGUUCAUUCAGCGGGAGGCCCUCUCGCCGCCCGGGAGAGUUCCCCAACACGUGGAACUCGUGUUGUUCCGUCGCGGAUUAAUGACGAUGCAUUGUCAGCUGCAGCACGUGCAGCACUUGUCGCAUUGGAAAGAAUACUGCCUAUGACAACGAUGCAGCCCUUCUUGCCGCAGGCGUUUGACAUGUUGCAGUAUAUUCCGGUUCCUCCAGGCUUGGAGCCUCUAGGGCUUCCGCAGCUUUUGCAACACGAGCGCCAGCUGCAGCAGCUUCUCGCCGAACAGCAGCUGUUGGACCAGCAAACUCGAAUACCACCAAUAUUGAGGCCUCCCCCGAAUGCAGGCGCUAAUGUCUCCGCUGAUGCUGCGGCCAACGAAGUGACAUCACGCCGGCAGACGAGGUUGGUACCGCUGCCUUUGCACCAGCUUCCCCAGCCUCACACCACUAUGAUACAGGCUGAUGCAGCAGUUGCCGAAGCCAACAGUGCCAUCGAAGAUGUGCUCCGCGCCCUUCAACGCCAUCAGCAGCUCUUUGGAGACGGUCCAAGUUUUCAACUGGCCCAGCAACGGGGAACUCCACCGGACGUACUGGAGCAGCUUCCCAUUCUCCCCUUCAGACGCCGGGCUCCUGCCUGUAGCAGCAUGGGCACUUCCUCCAGCACCAGCAGAAACCGCACCACCAGCAGCAGCGGACGCAGCGCCACCGAACGCAGCAGCGGCGGUGCCAGCAAACGUCGAAGCAGCAGCAUGAGCGGAGGCGUCAGCAGUACCACCAAUAGCAGCAACAGCAGCAACGGAGGUACUGGAGAGGUUGGGGAUAGGGACAAAUGUGCAAUAUGUCUGGAAUUGUUCAUUGAGGACCAAAUGGUUCGCUUCCUUCCUUGCCUUCACUUUUUCCAUGUGGAGUGCGUAGACACAUGGCUCGAGUUGAGCGACACCUGUCCAAUCUGCAAGUGGCCGGUGCAUUGUACCGCCCUUCCCGAUGAAGCACUUGUUGUGGCGGGACCCUCAACUGCUUCGUCGCCCACUCUAUGUGACAGUGGCGGUGUUGCAGGCCCUGCAGAGGAGGGGUUCUCACUUGUUUCGUCGACUCCUUCGCAAGCCAGCAGAGCUAUUGCGUCGAUUACCGGAGAUGGGUCCUUCACCACGCCAUCGCUUACACGCGAAGGAGCUGAUGCCGAGGGUACUCUAGGCAGUGGUGCAACUGCUCACGGGGCUGGGGAUUCAUCGAGUGACGAUGACGCUUACGGAUCUGCCUAUGCGCAGUAG